AAAAACGACUCGUUCAUGACCUGCACAUCUCCAAUUAGCAUUGUGCGAGUGCGCUAGCUAGCGGCUAGCCUACACGAGCUGAAAUUGAAUGUUUUCUCUUCAAUGUCAAACUCAAAGUCACCAUCAGAAGAUGAAUAAGAUGAGAAGAAGAAACCCAAAGAGAAUUUUCCUUAGAAGUUCAUCAACUGUUUCCCUCCAUCAGCGCUUCUCUCACGUGCUGCUGGAGCAGAUGAUGCUCCCCAAAGUGGCAUGUGCACCUCCACCUGUGGUCUUUGUGGUGAACAGUGAGCCCUCGUCUUCCCUUGGUCUGCAGGUUCCCCCUCCUAGGAGAUCCAGUGUGUGGACUCGAUUGGGCUGGAGGCGGGCUGGCUUCUGGACCUUUAGGAGCAAGUACGGAUGGAGAGCCAGGUUCCGCCGGGUGGCCCUAAGGCGAGCAGGAGGAAGUAAGCUGACACAGCAACUGGGUCCGCGCUGCCGCCUGUUGAGGACCAAAGGUUUCAAGAAACGAAGUCAAGAACAGGAACACCUUCCCCUGAGGAGAGGUGGGUUCACCAGGGAACGUGGCCUGAAGGCGCCAACAAAGAAAGAGUUGGACGCACAGCUGGAUGAGUACAUGUCCAAGUCCAAGAGCAGGUUGGAUGCGCAGUUGGACGAGUACAUGUCCAAAUCGAAGAGCAGGUUGGAUGCCGACUUGGAUGAGUAUAUGGCACUCGCUGGAACGCAGCUGCACUUGGACUGAUGGCGGAGACGGGACUGGCAGAGGGUUUGUUGUUUUGUCAAGUUGUCGCUCGUUAUUUUAAUCAGACUUAUUUAUGGAGGAGCAGGAUGUGACAACUUCCUGUCUUUAACCAGCUACUUGAGUUCAAAGUUCACAUAUCUGACAGGUUACUUGCGUCCUCCAACCUGAACUCAGCAACUUUUUUUUUGUUUGUAUGAAAGACUCAACCAUGGCUUGUCAUUAGCAUAAUGUCUGUUAGCUUGUAACAGCUGUGUCUAGUUAGCUUCCUGGUCCAGUAGUGUCAUCCAGGUUGUUGUCUGUUAGUGUCGUCAGCUUUGACGCUCACCAGUUGAUGAAAAUGAAGACGAAAAUAAUUAGUUAAUUUUCAAAUAAAAGCUGAGGUGACAGAAAAA